UGGCCGACGGCCGCCCGCACCCCGCGCAUGCGCAGUCGGCGGGAGGCGCCCAAGAUGGAGGAGGCGGCGCCGGAGAAAGAUAACCUUGCUUCUGUUGACCACAUCCUUCUGGUUUUGUCUGGCAAAGGAGGAGUUGGGAAAAGCACCAUAACAUCAGAGCUAGCACUUGCAUUAAGAAAUGCAGGAAAGAAGGUUGGAAUCCUGGACAUUGAUCUCUGUGGUCCCAGCAUCCCUCGUAUGCUGAAUACUUUGAAUAGUGCAGUACACCAGUGUGAUGCUGGCUGGGUACCGGUUUAUGUAGACAAAGAGAAAACCAUAUCCGUGAUGUCAAUUGGCUUCCUUUUGGAAACUCAGGAUGAAGCAGUGAUUUGGAGAGGCCCAAAGAAAACUGCUCUUAUCAAGCAGUUUAUCUCCGACGUAGCAUGGGGAGAGCUCGACUAUCUCAUUGUAGACACUCCGCCUGGGACCUCUGAUGAACAUAUCUCAGUCGUGGAAAGUCUUCGCCGGUAUAAACCUGAUGGAGCUGUGCUGGUUACAACACCACAGGCGGUGUCCAUAGGAGACGUAAGACGAGAAUUGACGUUCUGCAAGAAAACUGGACUACCAGUGCUGGGGAUUAUUGAAAACAUGAGCGGUUUUGUCUGUCCUAAUUGUUCAGAAUGCACCAAUGUGUUUUCUACAGGCGGAGGAGAAGCGCUGGCACAGGAAUCUGGAGUUCCAUUUUUAGGCCGUGUUCCUUUAGAUCCUCAGCUGACUCGUAGUCUGGAGGAAGGAAGAGACUUCAUUCAAGCUUUUCCAGAGAGUGCAACCUUUGAUGCCAUCAGUAAUAUAGCACAGAAGGUUUUAAACGAUGUUGGUAAACCUUCUGCGCUUGAUACGUGAGAGCACUCUCUGUAUAUUCGUAUUGGACUCUUGUAAACAGAAGAAGAGGUGUAAAAGACUGCUGAAACACAGAAACAAGCCAGUUUAGAAGGUCUAACGCGUAGUUUGCAGAAAUAGAAAGAAUUGGAAAAUCUGGACCAAUUAUGCCUUUUGAUGUACUUGUUCAAGUAUACAAUAAAAAUGUUUUCUACUGAAA